AUGCAACAGGCUUACAUCAAUGCUAGCACAUAUUCUUAAAUUUGUGGAUAUCAAUACCAAUACAAAUACAUAAUAGUUUUGCAAUAGUUCACCCUGAUCUUCUGUUUCUGGUUUACCAGAAGUAUGGUGUGCAUACUCAUGCACAAACACACGGAUACUGCUCAAAGGGCAAGAUUCACAUUGGCACUGUCAUUUUGCUCACACUCCACUUGCACUCUGUCUCUCACACGCGCGCACACAUACACACACACACACAAACACAUACAUAUCUAGUCACAUAUCGAGUCACCCAGCUGAAGUUAAGCACCGGACUAUCUGUAUAUUAAUCCAGUCCAGCUUCUAACACUGGCAAUGAAGGACGACACAAAUGGAGCAGUUGCUGUGACUAAUAACUACCAUGAUGAUUUUCACAACACAGAGAGCAGUGAUGAUCAGGCUUUCUGGAGAAAAGAAGAUAAACCAACUGCAAGUACUUCACGGUGGAGGCUAUAUGUGGUCUACUCCCUGAUUGCUAUUGUACUCAUGGCUCUUAUCAUCACUGUGGCAAUGAACAAUGGUCAGGCUUCUGGAAGGUUCUCUGCUUUAGAAGAGAGUCUGACGAGCAUCAACAAUACUUACCAGGCCCUCAUCUCGUCUGUUGAAAACAAAGAUGUCGCCAAUAGGCAAGAAAUCAAUCGAUUGCAGUUCUCGCUGCUGAUUAUGCAGAAAAACUGGAUAAAGUUGGUGUCAGUUAAGUCUUUGCCCGAGUUGGAAAACCAGCUGUCAGAAUUCAAGUGUAGUCUUAUGAGGUUGAUGAGGAAUGACACUAACAUGGAGUGCUGUCCUCUGGGCUGGGUGGCGUACUCCUCUCACUGCUACUUCUUCUCCGGAGAGGGCAUGUCCUGGUACAGCUCCCGGGACAGCUGUGUGAGCCACGGGGCUUCUCUGCUCGUGCUCAAGAGCCCUGCCGAGAAGCACUUUGUAAUUAGCAGAACGAUGCCGAUGUUUUACUGGCUGGGUCUGAGUGAUGAGCGCACUGGAGAAUGGGAGUGGCUGGAUGGGACACCUUACACUGUGAUGAGAAGUGAAUGGAUGCCUGGGCAGCCAGAUGACUGGCGUCUCCAUGGUUUGGGCGGGGGUGAAGACUGUGCUCAUUUUCACAGAGAUGGUCGCUAUAAUGACGACCACUGCUCCCGUCGUUACCGCUAUGUCUGCAAAGCUCCAAUCAGCGCCAACCUGAAACCCUUCACCGAUUAGUGUCCUUAAUUUAAAGACUGUGUAUCUAUGUGUGAAAACGUCAUAUGCAUGUUAUGAAUUGAUAAAGAAUGGAUGCAGGUGUU